GAUAUGUAUAUGUGUAUAUUGUCGUUUAAACUACAAAACCGCGUAUCAGGAUAAUGCAUAACCUCAUAUGUGAGGUUGCCCAAAUUUUACUGCAGUAGUGCAGUCCAUGGAGAGAGUAAAACCUAAAGUAAAAGACGUAAGAGAAGAAGAAAAAAUUAGAGUAAAACCGCUAUUAUUUCAAAACGGUUUUCGAUACGCGGUUUUAUUUUACUUCAAACGACGAUAUGUUUUGCACGAAGUUCGAUUGGUUUCUCACCGAAGACCUCGUUUUUCUAUGGUUUUUUCCACUACUUUGUGUACAUACAUAGAUUUAAUAAAUAUAUAUGUGCAUAUCGUUUAUUUAAUUAAAUAUCGCCGUAACUUAAAAAUGGAUGUUAGUGUGUAAAAAUUUGGGGCCAAACUCUUGUGUAGUUUCUGCGUUAGAAAAUUAUACGCAACUAUUUUUUUACUGCUUUUUGGGAGCAAAUUAAAAUUUUUAAACGUGUGCGAUAUCAAAUGUAUAAAUGUAUGUAGUAACAAAUGUGUUACUCUAAUGUUUUAAAUUCAGUCCAUAAAAGGCCCAUGCUGCAACAGUUGUGAUGAGAUGAGAUGUGUAGGAUUCCCUAUUAGCGUACGCGCAUGAUUAGAAUUUGUCGCCACCAAGUCUGAAAUGUGACUACGUGUGCCUUUUUCUUGGGAAAGAAGUUUAUUCACCAAACAAAUAUGUAGUUGUAAGAGGACGUCGGUUGAAGAUGUUGAAAACCUGAUCGGACGUCAUUACAUUUUGAGUGCAAAUCUAAAUAUACGAAAUUCGGCACAACUGAAAUCAGUUUCUCAUAAAAAAUGUACGAAUAUAGUGAUGCCUCAAUUUUAAAUCCAAACAAUGGAAAUAAAACUGUGCCAAAUGUUAUGUUUGAUAACACGAUUCCGAAUUUACCCACGUUGGAAGUUCAGGAAGGAGCAAAUUUGAAUGAGGGAAGCUCUAUACCGUUAGAGUCCAGUUCAUAUGGAGGCCCAGAGCAGACUUUGCCUAUGUACGCAAUCGAUAGUACUGUUCAACAAUUCGAAAUACCUGAUCCUGUUCUGCGGCGGACUUUCGCCCGAAAAGUUUUCAUUACAUUGCUACUACAACAUAUAAUUGCUUUGCCAAUUAUUGAAAUAUUUAUCGUCUGUUUCAAUCCAAUUUCUCAUCCCGUUAUUCAAGGCGUACGAGGAUUAGUGUUUUGUAUUCUCAUAGCACUUUAUUUUUUUAGUGACAUGCGGCGAUAUACACCCAUGAAUGCUAUAGUUUUUGUCAUAGUUACAUUGUUAAUGGCCAUAGAAGCAGGAGUCCUUGCAACGUGGAUUCAUUCUCAAAUUGCCAUAUUCCCUCAUCUUAUAGUCAUCGUGCAAAUAUUGGCUAUAGUUGGCUACUCCGAACAAACUCGAUAUAAAUUUACCGUUGUGAACGCUAUUUUAUUGGUUCUUCUGGUGGCAUUUGCUGGUCACUAUAUCACGGAAAUAAUAUUCUUCUCAUUUUCCUUUACUGAGAUUGCCUACACACUUCUCUCGGUUACGACUUAUCGAGCAGCGUACAUUGUUUAUGAUAUGCAUCUAAUGUUGAGUGGACAUCAUGGUUAUAAUCUUAAACCAAACGAGCAUUUAUUCGCAUCUACUAACAUCUACGCAGACAUUCCUAAUCUUGUUUGGCGAUUGUUUAAAUUUAUCGUCAUAACUCCACUGGUUAAGGUGUAUCAGUUUAUGGCAAGUUGCUGCUUUGCAGAAGUGUGUUAAUUACAAUCUAUUCAUUAAUAGUUCUCUUUGCAAUAUAUAUAUAUAUAUAUAUAUAUAGAUAUUUAUAUGCUCAUAUCGCUGAUUUACUUUAAUAGUGGCAUAAUCCAAAAAAUAUAAAAAAAUAGUUAAUAGUGGUGUAAUUGCAAAGCUGCAUCGAUUACCAUAUCUAUUCGGUUUUACUAUGCGAGCAUACGUAUGUAAAUAACCAAAUUUUGAAGCAAUUUAUCUCAACUUUUACUUAUUUGAGUUAUGACACUAUUGAACCAAAUGAGCGAUAUACAUAUGAAAAUUGCUAUAACAUCGCAUUUAAUAUUGAAAUAUCGCUUUUGUCAGCAAAAUUUAUUGAAAACUCAUAACUAUUAGCUCUUGUUGAGAAAUAUGUGGAUUUUAAUUGCUUGUCAUUGUUUGUUUACCAUUAAAGUUAAAAAGUGUUAUCAUAAAGGAAAAUAAAUAUUUGCCUAUACAGCUGCGAACAUGAAAAUAGCAGAGCCAAAUGUAAUCUAUUAAUGGAAAAUAGUGAUUUCCAAAAUAUAAAAAAAAAUAUGCUCACCAAAAUAAUCUGACAAGUUGUGCAAAGCUUUGCACUGGUGAGCAAACAAAAAUUGAUUUCAGAGUGAAUUAAUUAGUGCGUUAUCAAAUAUUAAAAAAUAUUGAGUUAAUUAAUUUUUGAAGUACAUGAGCGAUAUGUGAGGUACAUACCUUCAUAUGCACAUAUCGCCGAUUGAAGUAUAAAACCGCGUAUCAAGAAAGUGGGAAACGUCAUAUGUGAGGUCGCCCAAAUUUUAUGGGAUACAGUAAAACUUGUCUUAAUUCAAAACGGCUCUCUCUUUUAUCCCUAAUUAUCUCUUCUUCUUAUAUUUCUAAGUAUCGAUAUUGUAGUAUGAAUGGAUAAGGGCUUUAUGCCAGGAGCUUCCGGUUAG